UAUUUAGAAGAGAGUGAACCCCUUGCACUCAAUUUAGGGGAGGGGCUGCUACAGCAAUAACAAGCAUGUGACCUAGCUCAAAGGAUUCAGGAUUUGCCCUGCAUGCUCUGCUUGCACAAGACCACUUCUCAGAUGCCCUAGCAACUGAAAUCAUGGACGAGAAAACGUACUUGCUGUCAGAAUCUACCGAUUUAGAACUAAGCCAAAAACACUCAAAGAAGAAAGGUUGGAGACGAUACUGGAGUUAUGAUUGUCUGCCCUGUAUCCCUGCCCGCUACUCACUGGCAUUAGUGUCCUGUCUGGGGUUUGUUAAUGUGUAUGCCCUCAGGGUCAACCUCAGUGUUGCCAUAGUGCAGAUGGUCAAUAGUACAACCACCACUUUGGGGAACCAAUCAGGAACAGCGGAGGUAUUUGACUGGUCCUCACAGCAAGUUGGUUGGGUCCUUGGGGCUUUCUUCUAUGGUUACCUGUUUACUCAGAUUCCUGGCGGGUUGCUGGCCACCAAGUAUGGGGGGAGGUGGGUGUUUGGUAUCGGCAUCGUCAUGACAGCACUCCUCACACUCCUGACCCCCCUCGCUGCACAAACAAGCGUGUACCUACUCAUUGCCCUCAGGGUACUCGAGGGAUUUUUUGAGGGUGUCACAUUUCCUGCCAUGCACUCCAUUUGGGCGAAGUGGGCCCCUCCAGCUGAGAGAAGCAGACUCUCCACAAUUAGCUAUGCAGGUCCUCAUAUUGGCAAUGUCAUAUCCUUCCCGUUGUCAGCUGUGCUGUGUGAGUAUGGCUUCGACGGUGGUUGGCCGUCAGUCUUCUAUGUGUUUGGCGCUGUAGGAAUUCUGUGGUUUUUCUUGUGGUUUCUGGUGGGUUUCAGCUCACCUGCUUCUCACCCAAGAAUCUCCACAGCUGAGAGGGACUUCAUUGAGAGCAGUAUUGAUGCUAAUCAAACCACCACUGCCCAGGAGAAGAUGGAUGUCCCAUGGUUGAAGAUAUUCACGUCUCCUGCAGUAUGGGCGAUCACAGUUGCUCACUUCUGCAACAAUUGGGGCUUCUAUACUCUCCUCACCUGUAUACCCACCUACUUCAAGCAAGCCGUCCCAACAGUUCAGCUGCAGGGAAGUAUUGUAAUGGGAGGAGUGUACUCGGCCAUCCCCUACAUGGUGCUGGCCGUGCUGGUCAUUGCCAGCGGACUAGCCACUGACUUCCUGCGUAGCAUCUGUCUCUCCACAACCACCGUCAGGAAGAUAUUCACCAGUGCAUCUUUCUUGGGAGGAAGUAUAUUUCUUCUCUUGUGUGGCUAUUUUGGUACUGACACGCUUUCGGCCGUUCUCCUCUUAUCGGUUGCCGUGGGCUCUACCGGAUUCUCACUGGCGGGUUUCAACAUCAAUCAUCUGGACAUUGCCCCUCGUUUUGCUGGCGUUUUAAUGGGGAUAACCAACUCUGCCGGGACCAUACCUGGUUUCGUGGGACCUGUGGUGGCCAAAUCCAUUGCUGUUGAGCCAGCUGCUGCGAAAGGCUCUCCCGCGUACUAUGCUGCUUUUCAGGAAGAAUGGAGAGAAGUAUUCAUAUUAAGUGCAGAGAUUUACAUAUUUGGAAUGUUGAUUUAUCUCAUACUUGGGUCCGGCCAGGAGCAACCAUGGGCACAAGGAAAACCAACCAAGCAACCGCCAGAGACGUUAGCGCCAGAGGACCGUGGUAAAUCUGUAGAGAAUGGUUUAAGAUCAAAAAUGCCACCAUUAGCUCGUAUUGUUCCAGGAACUGUACAAGUUUCGUAAUUUAUCUCGUAUAUUUAGUUUUUUACUUACUUUAUUUAUCUUUGUAUAAUGGCUUCAUAAAAGUGUACAUGCAAGUGGCUUG